GACAAGAAGAAGAGGAAGAAGAAGAAGAUGAGUGAGUUUCAGCUUGAAACUGUAGGAGCUUUGAGCCUCUCAGUUGUUUCAUCGGUAUCUAUAGUGAUUUGCAACAAAGCACUCAUUACCUCACUCGGAUUUCAUUUCGCUACGACUUUGACAAGUUGGCAUCUACUGGUUACAUUUUGUUCGCUUCAUGUGGCAUUAAGGAUGAAAUUGUUUGAACACAAACCAUUUGAAGCGAGAGCUGUAAUGGGUUUUGGGGUACUUAAUGGUAUAUCCAUUGGACUUUUGAAUCUUAGUUUGGGGUUCAAUUCUGUUGGCUUCUAUCAGAUGACAAAACUCGCAAUUAUCCCUUGCACUGUUUUCUUGCAGACAAUUUUCUUUCAGAAGAAAUUCAGCAGAAGUAUUCAAUUUUCACUCAGCAUUCUUCUUCUGGGUGUCGGAAUUGCAACUGUGACUGAUCUACAACUCAACACUCUGGGUUCCAUCUUAUCUUUGCUUGCAGUUCUCACAACUUGCAUUGCUCAGAUUAUGACUAAUACCAUACAGAAGAAAUUUAAGGUUUCCUCGACGCAACUCUUGUACCAGUCUUGCCCGUAUCAAGCAGCAACAUUGUUUAUUGCAGGACCAUUUCUCGACAUGUUUCUUACUAAGCAAAAUGUUUUCGCUUUCAAUUAUACGCCUCAAGUGUUGGUGUUCAUUGUACUAUCCUGUCUAAUCUCGGUCUCUGUGAACUUCAGUACAUUUCUUGUGAUUGGAAAGACAUCUCCUGUAACCUACCAAGUCCUGGGACAUCUGAAAACAUGCCUAGUUUUGGGCUUUGGAUAUAUUUUGCUCCGUGAUCCCUUUAGCUGGCGCAACAUUGCUGGAAUCUUUGUAGCUUUGGUUGGGAUGCUACUAUAUUCCUAUUGCUGUACUCUUGAGAGCCAACUAAAGGCUAGUGAAGCAGCAUUGAAGUUGGAAGAUAACGUGACUGAUCCGCUAUCAAGCAUUGAAGUUAGAAGUGGUAAUGUCCAUAAUGAUGCAGCUGCAGAAGACCCAGGGUGGAGCUUAAGGAAAGACCUACAUGCAUGAAUUCUUUUCGUCUUUCCCUACUAUUGGUUCGUCAGCUCUGAAAAUGUCAGCAACUGUGAAAUUUAAUGCAGCUAUAUUUGUACUCCAUAGUUGGCUAUAUUCAAUUCUUAUGAAAGU